CGCAAAAGAUGGAACAGUGGGGUUGCGGAUUUUCCAACUUACAGGAGUAGACCUUCUACUUCCACGUAUAUGACUAACCGAACCGUCACCAAUCUCCCCUUUCUUCUCAUACAUUUAAUUUCUACAAGACUCUCCAGCUAAAUCAAACAUUUCACUUCACUUGUUGGAUUCUGCUCGCAUCUUUUUCUCAAUUCUAAGCUACCCGCCCACCAUUUGAAAUUUGAUGUAACUUUGAAUUGAAGUGACAACACAUAGACAGACCAUGAGCCGGUCAAGGAGGUUCUUGGAUGCUUGUGAAAGUGGAAGGGGAGAUGGGAUAAAACUUAAUGAUCAAAGAGGUGAUAGGCGAAAAAGUUUUCUUGAUCAUGAAAUUUCCCAACUCACAAAGAUAAGAUCAAACCUCCAUGACAGGAUGAGACAGCUGCUGCUUCAUGGCAAGGGAAAAGAACCAGUUUCACCUGUUAAAAUGUUGGCUGCUAGGGAAGGGAAUUAUAGUGGUAGAGGAAGAUUUUCAUCAUCCGACUGUUGUCAUCUUCUGACCCGGUAUCUUCCAACAAAUGGUCCUUCUGUAGUUGACCAAAUGAGGAGCUGUGCUUAUGUUUCACAGUUUUCAACAGAUGGUUCUCAUUUUGUUGCUGGAUUUCAGGAAAGUCAUAUUAGGAUAUAUAAUGUUGAUCAAGGCUGGAAAAUCCAGAAGGAUAUUAGAGCAAAACAUUUAAGAUGGACAAUCACUGAUACUUCGCUUUCUCCUGACCAUCGUUUUCUUGUUUAUUCCAGUAUUUCACCCAUUGUUCAUAUUGUUGAUGUUGGAUCUGGUAUGAAACAGUCUGUUGCAAAUGUUACGGAAGUUCAUGAAGGCUUGGAAUUUUCUUCCCCUACUGAUGAUGACGAUUAUACAUUUGGAAUAUUCUCUGUGAAAUUUUCUACUGAUGGACGAGAACUUGUUGCUGGCAGUAGCGACGCUUCAAUAUAUGUUUAUGAUCUUGAAGCAAAAAGGCUAAGUCUCCAAAUUCCAGCUCAUAUGUCUGAUGUUAAUGCUGUAUGCUUUGCUGAUAAAACUGGACAUCUCAUAUAUUCCGGAAGCGAUGAUAGCCUGUGUAAGGUUUGGGACAGGCGUUGCUUUGGUACCAGAGGUCAAGCAGCUGGGAUUCUCAUUGGACAUCUAGAAGGCAUUACAUAUAUUGACACUCGUGGAGAUGGCCGGUAUCUCAUCUCAAAUGGGAAAGAUCAGGCUAUCAAACUCUGGGAUAUAAGGAAAAUGUCUUCUAACAUUAAUUACUCCCCAAGGUCUAGAAGUUAUGACUGGGAUUACAGAUGGAUGGACUAUCCGGAGCAUGUUAGAAACAAGAGAAACCCACAUGACCUAUCAUUGGCUACUUAUAAAGGCCACUCAGUCUUGCGCACCCUUAUACGUUGUUAUUUCUCUCCUGCACAUAGCACAGGGCAAAAGUUCAUCUACACUGGAUCAAGUGAUUCUUCUGUCUAUAUCUAUGAUGUGGUGAGUGGAGCUCAGAUUGCAAAACUUGAUUACCACCAGGAGCCGGUGAGAGAUUGCAACUGGCACCCUUACUACCCUAUUCUCGUUAGCUCUGCAUGGGACGGUAUCGUUGCUAACUGGGAGUUUCCUGGUACUGGUACAAGCUCAUUGCCAGUGAAGCCGCGAGCCAGACGAUAUAGGCGAUCUUAAGUUGCUACUAGCUAGCAGCAUGCAGAAAGAUGUUUUUGGAGUACACAGAUUUGAAAUAUGCAAAGCUCAAGUCUAUCCAUGUUCUUUCUGCACAUUGACAUGCUACCCACAUGUACACGUGUACUCUGGUUAACCCGAAUGGGAUAGUCCCAAUGGCGCCAAUAGGUAGAACUGUAUUUAAUGUCACCGAGUUCAAAUCGUAAUGGUUGCCUAGUUGGGCAUACUCACUAUUAUGUGAAAAGGGAGUAGUGUGCUGUGAUUCUAAUGAGUUGAUAGUACAGGGGUUCAUUGAAAAUUUUAUGAAUGAUUAUUGUAAAUAGUCUCAUUUAGAUUUCACCCUAUUUACUUUUAGGUGUGUGAAGUUAGAUUGGGAGAUGCAGUAGCAAUUUGUGGAUUCA